AUGGACGUCAAGAUGCCCGCUGUUCAUGAGCCAGCCCGGAAGUGGCAGCGGGAGCGCAAGAUGGAGCUGGCCCUCACAGCCACCCUGCUCUCCCUCCUCCUAGGAGCCCUUCAGGGGAGCACCCCCGCUCUCCCAUCCAACUUCUCCUGGACGAGUGCCACAGGGAUAGACCUGGACUCCGACCCUGCAGUGUGUGGACGCCCACAAGUGUCAGGCCGCAUCACGUCAGGGCAGGAUGCCCAGUCCGGUGAGUGGCCGUGGCAGGUCAGCCUGAGGGAGGAUAGAGAGCAUGUGUGUGGGGGCUCCCUGAUUGCCGAGGACUGGGUGCUGACUGCAGCCCACUGCUUCGACCAGAAACAGCCGCUGUCUGCCUACACGGUGCUCCUGGGGUCCAUCUCCUCCUACCCCCAGGUCGAUGAUCCCCAAGAGCUCCGAGAUGUGGCCCAGUUCAUCAUCCACCCGAACUACUUGGAGGAAAACAACAGGGGGGACAUCGCCCUAGUACAGCUGGCCUCACCCGUCACCUUCAGUGACCUCAUCCUUCCAGUCUGUCUCCCCAGCCCUGGAGACCCCCUGGGUCACGGCACGUUGUGCUGGGUCACCGGCUGGGGGAACAUUGGCACAAAUCAACCGCUCCCUCCUCCCUUCACCCUGAAGGAGCUGGAGGUGCCCCUCAUCGAUGCCCAGACCUGUGACGCCUACUACCAUGAGAACUCCGACGUCCCCAGCCAGGAGCCCAUCAUCCUUGAGGACAUGCUGUGUGCCGGCUUCGAGGACGGCAAGAAGGAUGCCUGCGGGGGUGACUCCGGAGGCCCCCUGGUCUGUGACGUUCGUGGCAUCUGGAUCCAGGCAGGAGUGGUGACCUGGGGGUCCGAGUGCGGCCUCCCCAAGAGGCCAGGUGUUUAUGCCAAUGUCAGCUUCUACGCCCCGUGGAUUGCCAGCACAAUAGGGAGCUCAGCCCCAGAACUCAGAACCUUCUCUCCAGGCCUUGCUGGGAUCGUCUUCUCUGCCCUGCUGUUGCUUCUGGGACCCCUGGGGGGCACCCUCGACUCCCUGGGGCUUGUCUAA